AUGCGUGUCCUAAUCAUUCUUAUUGUUGGUAUUACGAUAUCAAUAAUCAACAGUUUAUCCUUAGUUAAACACGUUGACGAUAAUUCUAAUCGAUUUUGUUUGAAUGUUAUCCACUAUGGUGAUGUGAUUGUUUGGCAAAGUAGAAUCGAUCCAGCAAAAUUUUAUUAUUUACUUGAUCAUCAGUCAAUGAUCAAUUGUAUCUAUAAUAAUGAAACUUAUAAGUCUCAUUAUUUCAUCAAGUGGAAAUUAUUUGAUAAGAAACCAGAUUUAAUCGAAAAUUACUUGGUAGAAAAAUGUUGGAAAUUGAUAGAGAAUAAUCAUCUAUUAAAGUGUUCAAUUGAAGAAACAACGAACGUUCUAGUGUUGAUGAAAUGUACGAGUGCUAAUGACAUAUGCACAACAUCUACAUUAAACCAUCAUUCAAAAGCAAAAGCAUUGACUACGGAUAACGAUGAUUUAAGUUCAUCAUCGGGAAUUCUACAAAAAAUUCGAUAUUUCUUUAGAAAAUUGAUUGGCUCGGUAAAACGUUUCUUCCGUAGAAAGAAUAACCCUCGAAAAACAUCGACAACAGAAUUCAUUAGUACAUUAGCGACGACAUAUAAAACAGAAGAAGUCCAUUCUACUACGGAGAUAAAUGCAGAUGCUUCUUUAUUUCCAUUACGUACUGAGUACACUGAUGGUAGUACCAGUUCUGCUACUGAUAUCACUACGAAUACUGCAAAUGAUAAUGAAAAAGGAGGAUUGUUUGAUAUGUUUAACACGGAUACAACAGAAGAGAAAGAUAUGAGUACUGAAUUUUCGCACUCUCCCUCCGAAGAAGACAGUACGUUGUCAAUAACUACGAACGAUUAUAUUUCUGAUGGAACAGUAACAAUCAUUAAUGAGUCUAAUAGCGAAAGUACUAUAUUUACUGAUGAUGUAGACAACGAUGAUGAACAUUUGACUGAGGUAAAAGCGGAUUUGAAGGAAGAAACGACAGUACCGAGGUAUCGAGAAGACGACGAAGAAGAAGAUUAUACCGAGAAUAGUGAGUGGUGA